AUGGCUAGGCAAAAACUUGCUCUAAUAGCCAUUGACUGGGUGGCUUUUGGGGAGAUCAUGCCCCAAAACCAGAAGGUCAUUGCUAAUUCCCUGAAAUCCUGGAAUGAGACCCUCACCUCCAAGUUGGCCACUGUACUUGAGAAUCCACCUGCUAUCGACUGGGCUUACUACAAGACCAAUGUUGCGAAGGCCGGGCUGGUAGAUGCAAAAGAAAAAGAAAAUGUGAAAAGUUGUGCUGAGUUUCUGUCUCUGCCGAAAACCAGGAUUGAGCAGUACAAGAAAGAGCUGGAGAAGAUGAAGAACAUAAUUCCAUUUGAUCAGAUGACCACUGGGGACUUGAAUGAUGUAUUCCCAGAAACCAAAUUAGACAAGAAAACGUAUCCCUCCUGGCCUCACAAACCAACUGAGAAUUUAUAA